AUUUUCUAUUGUGAUUGGCUCAGAUUUGAUAGUGGGAGGUGCUUGUACGCCGGUGUCUCCCUGGUUGCGCAAGACGCCAUUUUGGAGUGACAGCAAAAGAUUACGGAAAGAUCGAGACGCUGUGUUUUAUAAAGCUUCGUCACCAUGGGGAAUGUAUUUGCGAGCUUAUUCAAAGGCCUGUUUGGCAAAAAAGAGAUGAGGAUUCUCAUGGUUGGACUUGAUGCUGCUGGAAAAACAACCAUCCUAUAUAAACUGAAACUUGGAGAGAUAGUCACCACCAUUCCAACCAUUGGUUUUAAUGUUGAAACUGUAGAAUACAAGAACAUCAGCUUCACAGUGUGGGAUGUGGGCGGUCAGGACAAAAUCAGGCCGCUGUGGCGCCACUACUUCCAGAACACUCAAGGGCUUAUCUUUGUGGUGGACAGCAAUGACAGGGAGAGAGUGAACGAGGCGAGGGAGGAGCUGGCCAGAAUGCUUGCUGAGGACGAACUCAGAGAUGCUGUGCUGCUCGUUUUUGCAAAUAAACAGGAUCUCCCCAAUGCCAUGAAUGCUGCAGAGAUCACAGACAAGCUGGGUUUGCAUGCCCUCCGCCAGCGCAGCUGGUACAUCCAGGCCACCUGCGCCACCAGCGGGGACGGCUUGUAUGAGGGCCUGGACUGGCUCUCCAACCAGCUGAAGAACCAGAAAUGAUCCAUUCCACCAGUUUUGAUUUCUGUUUGUUUAUUUUUUCCUGUUUCGACACCACGGCAGCACCGGACCCAGGCCCUUUCGCUCCCACCUGACCCACGGUUCAACCCCAGCUCUUUCUUUCAAGAAAUUACUUCAUUCCCUCAUCCCUGCUUCGUCCCCUCGUCAGUGCUCUUAGGGCUGUAGCCUGUGCUGCUUGUGUGGGCGUGCGUGCGUAUGUGUGUUGUGUAUCUUGUGUGUGUGUGUGUGGGGGUGUGAAGGCGUCUCUGUGUGUGUUGGCUGGGACUGGGCGUAACUCUGGCGUGCCUUUUACACACCUCUUGUGGAAUCAGCAGUCUGGUUUUCAAGCCCCUUUCUCCAUCCACCAAACUCAGCCUGUGCACCCACAGCCUGCCCCCCCUCUGUCUUGCACGGCCCCUUUCUCCCACCCUAACUCUGCAGAGAAAGCAUGGUUUUCAUACGGCAAAGAAAGAGCAAGGGUGCGAGCUGUCCUCCCCUUCCCUGAAGUAUGUGUUUGCCCAGUGUAGGCUGAAUUCAUUUUAACCUCUUUUGAUUUUGAGACCUCAACCCACCAGUAAGAGAUUCAGUAAAUUGCAUCUUAACCUGUAUCAGGUCGAAGCAAAUCAGAAAAAA